AUGGCCAUAAUGGUUGGUUCCAUUUAUCAUUUGGACCGGAGAGGACCACAAGGGCCAAACUGGAAUGGAAAUAAGAAAGUGGAGGCCGGAAUAACUCUUGGUGAGCUGCGAUAUGUGGCGGACCUCUACGACUUCCACUCAAUGGCCACCUUGUUCCUUGUCGGAGUUGUUACAGUCACCCCAACUUUGACGAACAGCAAGAGCAGAUCAUAG